GGAAAAGAUGAAGAUAGAGCAAAGUAGAGAGCAAGCAAGCUUCCUGCUUUCUCUCAUUCCCAGCUUCUCCCAAAGUAAGUUAUAAAAAAAAGGGGAACAUCGUAGAAAUGGGAUUCGUGAUAGGGAGCUCUUGCUAUUUGCAAACUCCCAUGUCCAACUCUCAAUCCCUCCACUUUAACCUCAGAAAUGCAGAGUCCAAGAGAAGGAGAAGCUUCAGGCCUCCAAUGGCUUCUCUUUCCCAUCAAGACCCAAACGACCACGUUUCCAGUAAGAGGAGGGCGGUUCUUCUCAUGGGUAUUUCCAUUCUUCCUCUCCUCCAGCUCAGAGGCAACGCUAUUGAAGUCUCCACCUUAAUGCCUUUCAGGAAAAAGAGAAGAAACAUUCCUCCUAAUGGUAGUGGAACAACAACAUUGGGACUGUUCGGUUACGAAAAUGAGGCACAAAGUGAGCUAAACAAGCCAGAGGGAAACCGAAAAGCAGAGGAAGCACAGGGAAACUCACCAUCUAAUCCCUUUUUAUCUCUUCUGAAUGGUCUUGGAAUAUUCGGUACUAGUGUGCUUGGUCCACUCUAUGCUUUGGUUCAGAAGGAGAAGAAAGCAACUGAUGAAUCCCUAGAAUCAAUAAAGAUCAAAUUGCAAGAAAAAGAAGCUGCAAUUGUCUCAAUGAAAAAAGACUUCGAAUCAAAGCUGCUAAAAGAAAGUGAAGAACAAACCAAGCAACUCAAAAAAGCAAAGGAAGAACAACUGUCUUUGUUGGAUCAACUAAAUUCAGCUAACAAUACAAUUACAGGCUUAGGGCAGGAACUUAAAAAUGAGAAAAGGUUAAUUCAGGACCUUAAAGUUCAAAUAGACACUCUUCAAAGCAAUCUCUCGAAGGCCAGGGACGAAAAAAGAUCUCUUGUACUAGAACUGAAGGAAAAGCUUGAUUUUGUUGAUGUCCUACAAAAAAAAGUUAACUUGCUCAGUUCAGAACUCAAAGAUAAGGAAGGUCACAUUCAAAAGCUCAUCUCAUGCCUUGCUGAAAAAGAAUCAGAGUUAAAGAACCAUGAAACUACUUACAAGAAAACUAAGGAAGAAAUAGAGCAAGCAAGUUCCGAUAUUGAAGGUUUGAAAGAAGAACUGCUGAGAAAUCAAAGUGAACUUGAAUUGAAAAAUUCUACAGUGGAUGAAUUAAAUGCAAGGAUAAGCUCGUUAACUGUUGAAAGAGAUAAUUCUAGGCAGGAAUUUGGUGCUCUUCACGAGGAUUACAAUAAUCUGGAAGUGGCUUCUGAAAAUAAGGCUGCAGCAGAUGCUAAGCUUUUGGGGGAAAGAGAAAAAGAAAUUCACCAGCUGAAGGAAAAACUUGAGAUUGCCCUAAAAUAUGUAAGUGAAAACAAAGCAAUUGUUGCGGAUUUGAACAAGGAAAAAGAAAACCUAAAGAAAGCACUUGAGGUGGAAUCGAAACUUGUAAUGAACCUGAAAGAAGAACUACUAAUUGCCGAGGAAACUAUUGCAAAGUCCAAAAUUGAGGCUUCUGACCUGUUCGAGCAACUAAAGAGCUCAAGAACGCAUUGUAACGAACUCGAGUCUGAGAUUUCAAAGGUCAGGUCUGAGUUCGAUGAAGCUAAAGUAAGACUGCAGGGUAGCCUUGAUAAGGCAAAACAAAGUGGCGAAGUUCUUGCCAGUGAGCUCACAGCUGCAAAAGAGCUUCUGAAGAAAACUAGGGAGGAACUGCAGAUUUCUUCUAAUGAGCUGACUUCUAUGACAGAAAACCGCGACAGCCUUCAAAGGGAAUUGGUGGAUGUGUUUAAAAAGGCAGAAACCACGGCCAAUGAUUUGAAAGAAGAGAAAGUGAUUGUUUCUUCUUUAAGGAAAGAACUCCAGGCUUUGGAGAAGCAGAUCUCAAAGGACAAGGAAGCAAGAAAAUCACUUGAAACGGACCUGGAAGAGGCUACCAAGUCACUUGAUGAGGUGAAUCAAAAUAUAUUAAAACUUUCUAAAGAUCUCGAAAGUGCUAAUGCUAAAAUAUCUGAUCUCGAGGAUGAGAAAAUGGUUCUCUAUAAAACACUCACAGAGCAGAAGAAUGCAUCUAAAGAAGCCCGAGAAAAUAUGGAAGAUGCUCAUAAGCUUGUGAUGUCACUCGGCAAGGAAAGGGAUAGUUUGGUAAAGCAAGUGAAAAAACUCGAGGACGAAUUGGCAUCUGCUAAGGGAGAAAUACUACGGUUGAGGAGUCAAAUAAAUUCGUCCGAAGUUCCGGUUAACGAUAAGCCUCAGCAGAAAGGUGAAAGUGAAGCUAAACCGAAAGCUACAACCACUGUGAGGAAAACGACCAGGAGGAGAAAAAGUAGCUCUGAAUGAGGUUCACCGGUAACCACCCUGAGCUCUGAUAUAUUCUCAUCAUGGAUCUGAUUGUUGGUUGAUAAUUUUUAGCCAUAUCAUUGUAUUGUUAUAUAAAUCUGACAUCGAGUAUGCUACCUAGCUAGUUAAGGAAUUUACUUGUGCAUGUACAAAUCUUAAAUGGCAAAGCAUCAGAGUUUUGCA